ACGCCGUCGUUUUAGGUCCUUUGCGCGCUUAUGGCCUAACGCACCUACGUCGACCUGGAGCAAUUCCCAAUUUCCAGUAGGCGGUAGGAAGGAGAAGAAGAGGGGAGAGAGUAGAGAGAGAGAAGAAAGGAAUGCCGAAGAGAACAACACACACGUACUCGAGCGAGGACGCAGCUCCGGAUGGACCUGACUCUGAUCUCUUCGUCUAUUACUGCAAGCACUGUGGAUCCCACCUCCUCAUAACUGAUACCCAAUUGCAGAAAAUGCCGAAGAGGAAGACGGACAAGGCUUAUGUGUUGGACAAGAGCAAGCAUCUUGCAAGGCUCAAUAUUGCUGAGGCUGGAAAGGUUUUGUUGAAAAGAGGGGAAGGGAAAUUGGAGAAGCAAUUUCGAAUGAACUGUGUGGGUUGUGGACUCUUUGUUCUCUAUCGCUCGGAAGAAGACUUGGAAGGUGCUUCUUUCAUUUAUGUUGUUGAUGGUGCUCUAAGCACAGUUGCUGCUGAAACCAACCCACAGGAUGCUCCUGUGCCACCUUGUAUAUCAAACCUAGAAGGGGGACUCGUUCAAGUGGCUAUAGAAGUGGAAGAUCGUGCACAACGCUCAGCGAUCACAAGAGUGAAUGCUGACGAUGUAAGAGUCACUGUAGCUGCACCUGCUGCUCGGGGAGAAGCAAACAACGAGCUCUUGGAAUUCAUGGCCAAAGUGUUGGGUCUGAGACUAAGCCAGAUGACUCUUCAGAGAGGGUGGAAUAACAAAUCAAAACUCCUUGUGGUAGAGGAUUUGUCUGCUAGGCAAGUAUAUGAGAAACUUCUGGAGGCUGUGCAACCUUGAGUCUUUACAGUGCAAUUUCAAAUGUCAACUCUAAUGAAUAACAUCAGUCGACUUGUAUGUUUACAGCUUACCCUAGACAUCAGCGGUACAAAUUAUUCUUGUGUUAGUUGUGAUGCAAUAUGAAUCUUCAAUUGUAAAAUCCCGAGUCUUUUAGGCGAUAGCUCCAUCUAACUCAUCUGUACUCUUGCACUUGAUAGUGAUAAAGGUUUGGUUGAUUAUAUGCACCUUUUCUGUUUCCGUUAGAA